GCAUGCCUGAGUCGUCUUCGUCUGAGAAACAGCCAGCGGCUUAUAGGCAAAUCCGCCCUAAGCCAACGCUAUCAUUCCAUAUCCUUAAACCUGCUAAAGUUGCUCCAAAGUUUCGAGUUCUUAAGCCACGUCCGUCGCCCUCAGUUCCACUACCGUUUCGCCCUUCCAGCGCCUUUCAACCGUACCAAGGGCCAAAUCUUUCGCCUUUACUGCCAGACUCAUCAUCACGACCCCGCCCAAUAAGACCGGCUCCACCUUCUCAUCGUCAUCUCAGAGUUCCACCUAAACAAUCGCUUAAGCGACGAAGACGAGGAUACGGAGCUUCUAGUAAAAACAACACCACUUUUAGGAGCAUUAAACCCAAAGAUGACCAUACCUAUACUGCUCGUUCACCAUCGCAGGCCGACCCAACAGCAGCAGGAGUAGCGUUAGCGCUGAGAGCUGCUCAACAAAUACCAGGAGCUUUAUUAGAGCCCUCCGCCAACAACGACGAUGGCCUAAUUCCCACAAAUACAGCGGAAGGAAGCCAAAGACUUUCGCCGACGUCAGUUGCCAGCCAAUUAACAAACGAGUCACUCGAUGAUAACAGAAUCCACCGACCACAACCAAUUAAACCAAAAACCACAUAUCCUCCUAUUGCCCUAGCAACCACCUCUAGUAACAGUGGCUCUACGCCAGAUGUUGCACAAAACAAACCCAAUAGUGUGCCACCAGCAUCGACAACAACCCCAGCUAUAAGACCUAAACUCAUGCCAGCUACCACUGCACAUUCACAGCCGCCACCUCCCGCCUUACGGCCACUUGUUUUCAUUCCAACACCAGGAGGAGAAGCGCAACUAUACCAGCUAAUAUCCGUUCCAUCCUUUCCUGGCGCAUCAUCCAUUCAAUCCACUCCUCGCCUUCCGGUAACUAGGUCGAUAAUCAAUAAGACCGUAGUGAUACCAAAGAGAAGGACAAGAAGAUGUCAAAACUGCAAUAAGCUUGGAUGUCGCGGUAGCCAGAGAAGACACUUAUGUACUGAAAAGUAAUUUUAAUAAAUACAUAGCACUGAAUCCCUUGCAAAUAUAUAAAUUUAUGAAUA